AUGCCACAUAUCAGUGCCCAUCUGAGCUGCAUUUCAGUAUCACACAUCAGUGCCAGUCAGUGCCACCUAUCAAUGCCAAUCAGUGCCACCUAUCAGUGCUGCCAAUCAGUGCCACCUAUCAGUGCCAGUCAGUGCCGCCCAUCAGUGCCGCCUAUCAGUGCCCGUCAGUGCCACUUAUCAGUGACAGUCAUCAGUGCCACCUAACAGUGCCAGUCAAUGACGCCUAUCAGUGCCAGUCAGUGCCACCUAUCAGUGCCAUAUAUCAGUGCAGCCUUUCAGUGCUCUUCAGUGAUGGCUGUCAAUGCCCAUCAGUGC